UACAAACUGGCCCCUCCGAAUAAUUGGCUCUUUAUCUUUUUUCAACGGAUAAUACUAAGAAAAAUAUUAAUUGAAUCGUAUGAGUGGUUCGAUGGAUCCCGAGUCGUCAACCAAUGAAACCACCACCACAACUCCUCUUCUCCGGCGGCCCGGCUGGUUUCACGGCCGUCUCUGCAACUUCACCGGAAUCUCCUCCGAGAUAUCGGGAGCUGUCGGCGACCUCGGCACCUUCAUCCCCAUCGUCCUCACUCUCACUCUCGUCUCCGGUCUCGACCUCUCCACCACUCUUAUCUUCACCUCCUUCUACAACAUCUCCACCGGUCUUCUCUUCGGCCUCCCCAUGCCUGUUCAGCCCAUGAAGUCCAUCGCCGCCGUCGCCGUCUCCGAAUCCCCACACCUCUCCCCUUCCCAAAUCGCCGCCGCCGGCGCAUCUACCGCAGCCACCCUCCUCUUCCUUGGCGCCACCGGUCUUAUGUCCACCUUAUAUCGCCUCCUUCCUCUCCCCGUUGUUCGUGGCGUCCAGCUCUCCCAGGGCCUCUCCUUCGCCUUCUCCGCCAUUAAGUACAUUCGCUACAAUCAAGACUUCGUUACCUCCAAGUCCACAACUCCCCGUCCCUGGCUUGGUCUCGACGGGCUCGUCCUCGCUGUUUCUGCUCUCUUGUUCUUGGUACUCUGCACUGGUUCCGGCGAAAGUUUCUCCGGCGAAGAUGACGUCAGCAGCAGCACCGUCUCUCCGUCUCGCCGUCGUGUACACAGGAGAUUGAGAAUUUUGUCUGCCAUUCCCUCUGCUUUAACAGUGUUUGCAUUUGGGUUGUUAGUAUGUUUCAUCCGCGAUCCUUCCAUCAUCAAGGAUCUGAAAUUCGGUCCAUCCAAAUUCCAUGUGUUGAAGAUCACAUGGGAGGAUUGGAAAAUCGGGUUUCUCAGAGCUGCAAUUCCUCAGAUUCCCCUAUCCGUAUUAAAUUCAGUGAUAGCAGUCUGCAAAUUGUCUGGAGAUUUGUUUCCAGAAAGAGAAUUAUCCGCUACCAAGGUUUCUAUCAGCGUCGGAAUCAUGAAUCUAGUGGGUUGCUGGUUCGGCGCCAUGCCGGUUUGUCAUGGUGCAGGUGGGUUAGCGGGUCAAUAUAGAUUCGGGGCGAGAAGCGGGUUAUCAGUGGUGAUUCUUGGGUUGGGGAAAUUGAUAAUUGGAUUGGUGUUUGGGAAUUCAUUCGUGAGAAUUUUGGGUGAAUUUCCAAUUGGGAUUCUGGGUGUUCUUUUACUUUUUGCUGGGAUUGAAUUGGCUAUGGCGUCGAGAGACAUGAACAGCAAAGAAGAUUCAUUUGUUAUGCUGGUUUGUGCUGCGGUUUCAUUGACCGGUUCUAGUUCUGCUCUGGGUUUUGGGUGUGGGAUUUUGCUCUUCUUGUUGCUGAAAAUGAGAAGCAUGGAAUGUUCUUCUUCUGGGUUUUUUCUCAAUUUCAAAUCGGAUGACAGUGGCGCCUGAUCAAAUUCCUAAAACCUGGAAAAUGGUGAAGGUCAGACUAAGAUUGGUUUAUGUUUUGUUAAUCAAGAUUGAUUACUUAUUGUUCUAGAGAAAUUAUGUUUGUAUCAAAUUAAAUUCUAUCAGACAGAUUGGGUAAACUAAUGAUCGAAUGAACGAAUGUGUUAGGCAGUUGACCGGUGGCACUGCAUUUGUAGUAACCAAUCAGCUUCUUUAGUUCCUUGAA